AUGGCCGACCUUUGGGACUACGUGUCUCGCCUCGAGACCACAACUCGCACCGACGACGGAGCUUACGAUCAGGUGCUUGCCGUAUCACAGGGACUGAUCAAUGACCAUUUCGAGGCUCUUUUUGACCUUUACAAGGGCGAAUUGAGCAAACUUUACUUCAAGGAUCCCGCGAUUGGUACCUUUGAGGGCACAUUACAGGCUCCAAAGGUGCUCAUCCCUGGCGCCGAUGAACCAUCGGCCAACUUGAACGAGGUGCUGCUGCUGGUGCGCUUUGACGAUGGCUCUCUCAAGAGCGCCGAUGGUAAGACUGAGAUUGAAGACCUCAAGCACUGGACCUUUGCUGUCCGAGUCCCCGUGGUGCCAGAAGCCUUGCCGGACCCAAGCACCAUCACGGACCCAAAGAAGAGGAAGAGGGCCGAGGAGAAGCGCCAGCGAAUCCGAGAGAGAUUUGACCAUCCCGGUGAUUAUACUGUUGAGCGCUUGUAUAUGAAGCUGUCCAGCGCAAACUGGAAUAGCCUCGACAACGAACGCUCAGUGGCCGGCCUCGACUCUGAAGGGAAACCAGUGCCGUACUGGGAGUGGAAGUCCGAUGAGGACAACGUAAGCACAGCACGCCGCCUGGCCCUCUGGUUGGGCGAAUGGGCCGAUUCGUUUGAGCGCGACGCACACAACUCGCUGGGUCUGUCAUUCAAGCCGCCAACAGUUGAUUCCGUGAUGCCAUCAUACGUUCCCAGGGACGUUCUUCACCAGGUCCAUCAGUACAAGAGCGAGCCCAAUGGUGCAGAGAACGGCCAAACAGGUUUCGGGGGUGCUGGAGACUGCAACUGUCUGCUGUACCUCGAGAUGGUCCAAGGGGGGGGCGUGAAGCCCAGUGAACCCCGCCUCCUAUGGUCCGGCAACUUCGCGACGCAGCCCAGCCCUAACAACCCAGCCGUGAACGCCACUUUCCUCCUCAACCACCAGAUCUUCUUUGGCAAAUAUCUCUUGCCUGAGUUCCGAUCCCUGAACCAGGCUAUUGACGUCUACCACUACAAAUUUUACUGGGAGGUGAAGAAGCCUACUGACAACUGGCCGCUCUACCUGCCUUGGGUCAUUGGCUACGAUCCUAAUUAUCCGAGUGUAAAUGACUCCAAGUACGACUAUACCCCCAUCUAUGAUCCCAAGAAUGCCCACAAGGUCAUUUCGUACCAGUGGAACAAGGUGAAUGAGCAACCACUCCGAGUUGAGAAGAAGCCGGGCAAGAGCCACUGGGGCCGGGCGAAGACCAAAGACACCAUGAAUACCACACUGAGGUGGGACACUGGCAAUGCCGAGCUCACUUUAAGUGGCACGACUAUUGUUGAUGAAUUCGAGGAGUGGACGCACACCGAGGACGCUUGGGACAACCCAACCAGCUACAACUACGACAAGUAUACGGUAGAGUGGAGUAUCAAGAUGCGUAUUGUUCCUGAGAAUGAUACCAAUUUGGUUUCACACCUGAACAUUGUCGUCGAUCCGCCGCCUCCCGGCAAAUCCUCGUAUGUCCAAGUAACGGCAGAGCAUAACCCCUACAACAUGAAAACGCUAGAUCAUACGGCAGUGUUGACCGAGGACAUUACCACCCGCAUGACCAGAGAGCUCGACCGCAUAAUUGGCAACAUCCGAAAACAUCUCAAGGCGGCAGGCCGGUUCACAUAUCCGGGCAGCGGCACCCUGAUUUUCGAGGAUGCCGUCAUUGGUCGAUAUGGAGAUCUCAACGCCAAGGUCCGAUAUGCGAAGUUGAAACAUAAGGACUGGGUAAUCAAGGUCCCCAGAGUGGAAAGCGGGCAGCCGCCGAAAUUUGUCGAAGUGAAGCCAAAAAUCAAGACGUCGCAACCCCUCAUCUCUAGUCACAGCCUGUCGUGGUCAACAAGCCCUAUCCGGGCUCUCCAGCCCGAUCAGACCUUGACCAUCCGCGGCGUCAACAAUACCACGGAGGCCGUGCGCUUUGCAGCCAUCACAUUGGGCUUCCGCUCGGGCAAGGUCAAGGACUGCAUCUUCACGACUUCUGACUACGAGUACCAGGAGAACAAGCCUCCCGCACCUCCAUCCGAGAAAGAAACAGAGAGAGAGAAAGAGAAAGAGAAAGACAAGGACACUGACAAGACCACUGCAGGCGCCGAGAGCCACGGAUACCUAAGCAAGCUCAAGGACAGACUGACUGGCUCGGGAUCACGGUCAGAUUCCAACCCGCCGCCCAAGAAGGGCAUCGUCAAGAUCAGCCGCUCCGACGACGUACCUCAGCUCGCGACCACGGUGAACAAGACGGGCGAAAAAGAGGGCGCUGCCUCUUGGGAAAUCACCAUCGCCACGGUCAGCGGCAAGACGUUGGUGCUUCCCCCCAACGCGUGGGUAGAGGUCAGCGUCACGGCGGAGACUGCAUUUGCGCAGAUGCACCCUGUUUCCAUCAACGAGUCAAUUCGGAAUGACAAGGGCAAGGACAUUGGCCAUUUUGAUCAGCCAAUUGUGGUCCGUGUGUCUUAGGGGCUUUGGCACCGAAUGGGCGAGACUUGUGCGUAUAUGUUAGGUAGUCGUAUCAAGAAUCACGUACACGAAAUGAUGACAGGAAUGCAAAUGAUGAAUCUUUGGAAAAUCCUGAAACCCAGAAGAAAAACCCAAAAGAAAAAUGCUGAGUUUAAUACAACUGGCUUGUGGUUGAAGCAAGGUUUCGUACU